AACCCGACUGAAGUCACUGCGUCAAUAUUUCACAUCAGCGCCGUGGAGACGACGCCGAGGACAGCGAGUAAUUUAUAUUUAAUUUGAUUAGGAGGCGUCAAGGCUGCUGAAGUUGAAUUUUCGGCUCUAUUUUCUGCGUCAACAAGGUGGAGGCUGAGUUACCUGAAGGAGGUUUGAUAAGUUAGAGCAACGACGAUUCUCAGGUGCAGCUUAAACCGGACACACAUGGAUGUCAGGAGGAGGAGGCCCAGUGAUGCUGCCCACCUCAGUCUACUCAGCACCAAAUAGUCAGCUGAGCAGCCACCACAACACCCCUGAAGAGGACGAUGAGACAAUGAGCACCGAGCAGCAACAAGCCAGCAUUGCCCACCAUCCAGACUCCACCUCCCACCGUGACGCCCACCACCCUCCUCCAGACCACGCUUUGCUCCGCGAUGGCUCCAUGUUCAGCAGACAGCGGUCGGACCAACACAUCCACACACUCCCCCAAAGCAGCUUCUGCUCAUCCCAGCCCCAUCACAGCCUGCCGGCCGGGUACAUCCAGCCGACUCCGUUCCCGAGCCAUGUCGAAGGCAGCUGGCUCCACCCGAGCUUCCCCAGCGGCUCGUCUGCGUAUCCCAACAGCCUGCCAUCCUGCCUGAGCCAGAAAGAUUACUCCGGGUACUCCGCAGAGAGCUGCCUGUCCAGGUACAAGUUCCUUUCGCUGCCCAACAGCCACAUGGCCAGCAUGAGCAGCCUGGAGCAGCCGAUGUCUCUGCGCUCCAACCCGCCGUCAGCUGAGCUCUGCCACCACACACUGUCUCCGUACUCGUGUUCGCCACAGGGAGCUGCCUGCUGCGCUCAGUGUCCCCCAGAGGCCUUCAACAGGGGGCCAGUGGUCAACAAGCGCCCCUGGCCUCAGUACCAUCCUGCUUACCCCCCGUACUAUCCGGGUGACUGCAGACUUCCUGGAGCUGAAUUCACACAGAUUGGCCACAACACUCCACCCAAAGAGAGGCAUCCUCCUUACAGCACGCCGCUGUCUCUGGAGCAGCGGAAGGUCUUUGUCACUUACGAAGCGGACAACGACAAACACGUCAAGGAGAUCAUCAACUUUGUUGCUCUGCUGCGACACAACGGCUUCGACACACAUAUUGACAUAUUUGAGCAGCAGUUCAGGAGCAUAAGUAAGAUUGACUUCAUGGAGCGUUACCUCAGUGAGAAAGAGUAUCUGAUCAUCAUCAUCAUCAGUCCGAAGUACUACGAGACGGUGACGGCCUCCCCUGUCGGCCUGGAGAAUGACGAGAGGACCUUCAACACAGUUUACAUUCAUAAACAGCUCCAGACUGAAUUCAUCCAGAAUGGAAGCAAGAAUUUCAGGUUCAUUCCCAUUUUGUUCCCCGGGGCCAAAAAGUGUCAUGUCCCGAACUGGCUUCAGAACACACAUGUUUACGGAUGGCCACGUGAUCGGGACGACAUUUUGCGGCGGCUCAUGAGGGUGGAAAAGUAUAACCCGCCUCCCAUUGGAGAACUACCGACCAUCGUUUCCAUCCCCAUAUAGAAAACUGUGAGCGGAAGACUCAGACUGGACUGAAAUCCAAAGCUUGCUUUCUGGAAUGCUGUCGGUCAUUGUUGAGGUGAACAGGGACGCAUGUGUGGAAAACCAGUGGGGUCAUAUUUUAUCUCAUUUUUCUUGACAUUUUAUUAAUAGCACUUGUGUCUACAAGUUGUUUUUUUUCACAAUUGUAAGGCACAACCUUAGAAGUCGGUCCUUCAGUAGGAUCAAACAUUAACUUGUCGCCUCCCUGGUUGGUCUCUUUGCGCAAAAUUGUAGGGCUGCCCAUGACCAAAGACUUUCCUAGUUGACUAGUUGUUGCACAUUUAUGAUCUUAACUUAAUCAUCUAAAUAUACAUCAGAAAGUGAUUAUGGGUUCCAUGGCUGAGUGACAAUGUUACAAGUAAGCUAGCCCUGCUAACUCGAACACAAAACCACAGCUAAUAAUGAGGCUUAAAAAUCUAAAUAUUACAAGUGUGCAGACGAAGGAAGCUGUAGCAACGCCGGCAAAAACAGUAACCAUUCUGAAUGUGUCAGAAAAACCAGCAAGAAGAUUGAACAGUUUGUUAUUGAACCGAAUCGUACAGUAGCCAUGGUCCAACAAAGCACUCGUCCUCGGUCAGUUUUCACAACAACUGUAGGAGCCGAUCCUAAUGCUGCCAUCAGUCUGUUGCUGCCCACACUGGCCUUCUUUAAAACGAGACACUUGGCUGCGUCAUCGUGGUUCGGUGGACCAUCAAAACAUCAUAAUGUAUGCAUAUUCAGGCCUGACAACUGUUCUGGCAGGAACCCUGAGAUUGCAUGUAACCUUCUUUGGGUUGCUCUUUACCUUCUGAAGUUAUUCCACACUUCAGAUUUCCUGCCAACACAUGUAAUUAAUUUUUAAUAUCUGAGACCAGCUGUGUAAACAACAACAUCUGUCUGUGGGGUUAAAGUAGUUCUUUUUCUUCCUGCAACCAUCUGACCAAUCAAAACUCCCCUCACAGACUAACGUUGGGGAUCUUUUUGGAGGGAGCCCAACAAAAUCUUACUUUCUUUUCCUUCUUUUCAUUGACAGUAUUUAAUGUCCACUUUUUUUCCCCCACACCUGCAAGGUGCAGCAUUUAAAGUCGCUCCUUCACAGGGGUCUAAUGUGAACUUUCGCUGGUUAGCCUCUUUGCAAGAAGUUGCACCUAAAGACACCCAACUAGCGACUCAUCGUCAGAUAUUGAACUUCUUAUUUUGCCAAAGUUGAUCUAAACACAUUGGAGUGUAAGUUGUUCUCCAGGAAAAACCAUGAGCAAACAUUAAAGGCCAGUUUAUUGUUACUGCUUCCCUGUGUUGCCUCUGAAAGUGGACAUAAUACUGGUUCUAUACAUAGUUCAGCAGGCAGCUUUCAGUCUGCUGUGCUGGAGCUCCCAUUGCCAUUCUUAUCAAACACAGAAAAACACAUGGGGCUUCUGAAAGCUUGCGUCUUUUCGCUUUUCACAGGAUAUGACAGCUGCUUACAGAUUUGUCUCUUGUCAACCUGCUUGUUCCUGAAGUGUGGCGAACACAGUGACCUGACAUAGCUCGACAUUCCUGGAGAAUCUAGAACUUGCUGUGGUGCUUGAGCAGCGUUCAUGGAAAGCAUGUACAAAUCAAAACACCUAAAUCCCUGCAGCAACUACUUUAAUUACAGGUCUUUUAAUAAUGUGAAAUAACAGUGUGGGUGAUGGUGGAUGUGCUCGUACAGUUUGUUUUGAGCACCGUUUAUUUUCCUGGCGCACUCACGGUGUGAUGUGUCCGGAAAUUUUGAGCUGGGUAGAUGAUGAAAUUCACAUCAUGCAACAUAUGGACACAUGGAAGCUUCUAUAUUAUGUUAUUAAAUCUGGGGUUACAAAGGGUCAUGGGACAUGGGAGAAGUAAAAGAACAGCUUUAGGAAGCAGCGUUCACAUUGAACAGUGAAGUACUGCUGCACCUCUGCAGCAUGCUUCCUGAAGAAAGUGAGAUGAACUGUGACCCCAUUGGUUUCCCAUAUUAAUGAGCACAAUGUCUUCUUUUGUUGAAAUGUGUGGCUGUGCAGAGAUUGUAAGAUGCUUGGUGAGCCGUUUCACUGGGAUCAACCUUGUGAGUUUCUUUAAAUUCAACAUUUUUAAAUUAACGUACAGAGAAGUGCCAGCAUUGAUGUUAGACAGAGGCAAAGCUUGUCACACUGAUGUGCAUUAUGCCGUAUGUUCACUGGUGCUACUCCUAGUUUACUCAUUUUACAAUCUGAAAAGUUGAGUUUUUUUUAAGAAUGUAAUUCAAAGCUAAAUGAUUGUACAAUCUCAACACACAUCCUCGUAAAAGAGAUUUUUCAUAUUUUAGUGGGAGUCUUGUGCAUACGUUAUAGUUUAAUAUAUAGUGGAUGUGAUGAAUAGUCUGAUGACUGUAUAGUUGCAGAGUGGAACAGCAGAGCUUUUAAUUGUGAUAUGUAAACAUUGACAGAUUUGGUACACAGUCUUAUUACAGGUGCCUGCUCACUGCAAACAGCUGGCCAGCUGGAUGCAGUUACUGUAAUAACAGAAAUGUACUGAUUUAGUCUGAUGUUUUAUGUGGUUUUGCUGUCAUGUGCAUGUUGUUAAACGAGAAUGCAACUUCAGGUUUGUGGCUGGUCAGGUUUACUCACCUCUUCAGGCAGCACUGGAAUCACCUCUUUUGCUCUGAUAUUAAAUUAUGUCAAAAGUAAAUUAUUUUUUCAGCACCUUUCUCAUAAGUUGCUCUUCAACAUGACUUAAUAUUUUACUGAACAUACCAGAGUGCAGGGAAAAAAACUAGCAAAAGUGUUGUUAAAUAUAAUUAUGACAGACAAAAGCUACAAACAUGUUACAAUCAUGUUUAAUUUUUUUACUGCACUGGAAAAUUUCUCAGUGGAUCUUUAAUGCUAAAUGUCAAAGUAAUUAAACCUGCAGCACUGAAUGCUGCGUUUGCUUGCGCCCUGA